CCAUCUUUUUCCAUUCUGGAAAGUCGCAUGGUCGUCUUGGAUGAAACGGCAAAGGGAGCCUAAUAAGCGAUUAUAUCACUCUGUCUCAGACGUCAUUUCAAUAUGUCUGAGGAGGGGGGUGGCAAAAUAAGAAACAAGAAAUUAUCGAAUCCACCGAAACCUUAUGAAAAGCGGAAAUCAUUCCUAGGAAAAGUUACAGAUACUGUCAAAGAACUAAUAUCUCCAUCUUGGCUAUCUGACUUGGUGAAUAGUGUGAAAAAAACAAGUCCCCAGAAGGAAGAUGAGCAGCCCGUACCUCCUACCCAGGAACCACAGUAUAUGAGUUCUCUGCAGUCUCACCAACAUCAUAAUAGGAAUCAAGUGAGAGAUGGUUCUCAAUUUUCUCCUCCAAAGUUUGUACCAUUGACAAGAAAUGGUCUAGCCAACCUUUCCCCCAGGUCUUCUUUACCUCUGAUACCCUCCUUGCCACCUCAGCAGCCGCCCCUACAGCAAUCACAACCACCACUGACGUUCUGUAACCAGAGCAGUGAUGUUGGAGAAAUCUCAAGAAAAAGCCACGCACAACCCAGCAUAUUUUUAUCAGAUUCAAAAUCCGUUGAUGGGAACAGGAACUUUCUCAGUAACUGUACGGUUGGUAGGGGUCGAUUGGACAAUGAAGGUUUUGCGGGAUCAAGCGAUGCAUCUGCCAGACCAGGACCAAGCAACACCGAGGUGAACCCAGCAGACAUAUCAACUGUCUGUAAUCACAAUGAGAGCAUGGAAGGAGACGAGCAGGAAGAAAGUCUACCAGUAUCUGUAAAUCGUUUGAAUAAAUCGACAACUUGGACUGAAGGUUUCAAUGCAAGAAAACCGAGAUCAUCAAGUCGCAACAAGCCUGGAUUUGACAUAUCCUUGUUUGGGGUACCGCUACAUAAUAAUUCACUGUUGGGGGACAGUUCUCACGAGUCCUCGUUUUAUCCUGGCAAAACAACAUACGGGGGAGCGUCAGCGCAGAGAAAACCCAGACUAAAUGUUACAGGACCUUAUCAGGCAUCUUUUCCAAUGCGUCAGAAAAUGAAGGUAAAGCCAGUCAAUACAUCUACAAGUGCUGCAACCAGCUCUACAGCUCAAAAGAUCCUGGAAACACUUGAAAAGAUGUCAACUCCAUUAUCAGAGGCCAGGAAAAUACCUAAUGAUGACACAGUAUUGCGUCUGAAUUCUUCAUUUAAUCCCACAAAUUACAAACCAGCACGGCACAGCAUUGGCUCCUAUCUUAACACACGGCGAGAAUUGCAGAAGUCCCAGAGUGGUCCACCAACAGGAAAGGUGAGCACGCCUGUACCAGCCUCCAUCAGUCGCAACUACCAGCGGGUCACUGUCCCUCAGACACAGCCAGGCAAGAAUUUUCUAAAUGAAAAGACAUCCAUGUCAACAAUCCAACAAAUCCCACAGGAAAAAGAGAAGAUGCCUAGUUCUGCUUCAGGAGGUGGAAAACUGAAGAGUAAGAAAUUUCAACAACACUUCCCAGGCCGAAAGUCAGCUGAGGAUGAUGAUGAAGAGGUGGAGAUGUCAAAUUUACGUACAGAUUUCACACUGCCUGUGGUGGGCAUCCCUCAGUUUGAUUUUGGAACAUCACAGUCUACCAAGCCUGUUGAGGGGAAGGGAAAUAAGCCAAACUCCAAGUAUACAUUUGCAACCCCCAUACAGAAGACGCCCACAAAACAGGCAGACCAGGUCUCGCCCACAAAAAUCGACUUCACCUUCAGUUCACCGCUAAGUAUGGACAUUGAGAAUGGUGUGAAGCCCAAGUCUGUCACAUUUGACAUAGAGCCUGUGAAAGUCCAAGAGUCGCCAGCUGCCUUCUCGCCACCUGCCUUCAAAUUUGGAAGUCCAUUGGGUUUAAAGUCUUCUUCAAAUCUUGGAGCAUCACCAGUACUUCCCAAAUCCUCAGGAGGGAUGGCACCUGCUACAGAACUGAAGUCUGGUAGUGUGAUGGAUGUUCUUGGUAAGUCAGGUGGAAGUGGCUUCAGUUUCAACACAGGAUCCAGCACCAACAAGAUUAACAGUGAAACAUCAAGUAUGGGUGGCUUCAAACCUGCAUCUGAACUGAAGCAAGGCAGUGUUAUGGAUGUUCUAGGAGGGACUCCCAAGACAAGUUCAUCAUCAUUUGGUUCCGGCUUCCAACCUGCAAAGGACCUUAAAAAAGGCAGUGUGAUGGAUGUUCUAGGCAAGAGUUCACAAGAGGACAGCAAACCCGGUCUGUCUACUAUGUUCAAAGUAGCAGAAGGCAGCUGGGAAUGUGACGUAUGUUGUAUCAACAAUAAAGCUGAUGUCUCUAAGUGUGCAGCUUGUGGCGCCAAAAAGCCAGGUGGCUCAGGUAAUGCCUCAGUACCAUCGAGUCAGCCUAGCCUGUCCUCCAUGUUUAAAGUGGCAGAGGGAUCUUGGACUUGUGACGCCUGUAUGGUACAAAAUAAAUCGGCUGAUACAAAGUGUGUUGCUUGUCAGACAAAGAAACCUGGAGCCUCAGGCACCCCGGCAUCCUCGAGUCAGCCUAGCCUGUCCUCCAUGUUUAAAGUGGCAGAGGGAUCUUGGACUUGUGACGCCUGUAUGGUACAGAAUAAAUCUGCUGAUACAAAGUGUGCCGCUUGUCAGACAAAGAAACCUGGAGCUACAGGCACCCCAGCACCAUCCAGUCAGCCAAGCCUGUCCUCUGUGUUUAAAGUGGCAGAGGGAUCUUGGACUUGUGACGCCUGUAUGAUACAGAAUAAAUCUGCCGAUACAAAGUGUGCCGCUUGUCAGACAAAAAAACCUGGCGCUGCAGUAUUGGCACCCUCGAGUCAGCCUAGCCUGUCCUCCAUGUUUAAAGUGGCAGAGGGAUCUUGGACUUGUGACGCCUGUAUGGUACAGAAUAAAUCUGCCGAUACAAAGUGUGCCGCUUGUCAGACAAAGAAACCUGGAGCUACAGGUUCUGCUAAUUCUCCUAUAAAGGACAGUUUAGUUUCCAAAUUCAAGAGACCCACAGGAAACUGGGAAUGUGAUACCUGCCUAGUUCCAAAUAAUGCAACAGCUACCAAAUGUAUAGCAUGUGAGACACCUAGGCCAGGGCUUCAACCCUCAAGUUCUUUUGGAUUGAAAUUUGGUGGUGUUUCUGUCAAAAACACAACUAGUUUGGUUGGACAAAGUGGUUUUAAAUUUGGUGUUUCUAACAAAGAUUCAUCUGACACUAAAUCUACCAGCUCAUCUGGAGCAGGACAGUUAUCUUUUGGAAUACCAGUUUCAAGUAGCAAUUCCACCUCAGAAUCAUCCAAAAGCUCAACAGAUGUAGCUGGGGGUAUUAAAUUUGGAACUGGAGAAAUUUCUUCUGGUGGUGGUGCAAGUGUUGGGGGCUUUAAGUUUGGAUCUGCAUCUAGCACACCAACCGUCACUCCAACAACUGGCUUCAAAAUUGGUUCAUUAGCUGCUCCUAAAAGUGAUGCUCUAACAGGCGGUUUUCAAAUGCCAUCUGCAAAAUCUUCGCCUGCUGUUGAUAUAAGUCAGAAUAAAACUGAUAGUUCUAGUACAUUUAAAUCUCUAUUUGGUGUGGACAAAUCUGAAAUAACAUCGGGUCCAAAGACUGAUUCUACCUCAGGAAAAGUGUCCAAUGGAAGUGUGUCGAUUCCUGUCUCCAGUUCUCCGGCUGUUGGUUUUCAGUUUGGAGCUCCUACAAAAUCUCUCCCUCCCUUCAGUACUGGAUCUGGUUUCACUGUGACUAAAUCAUCUGAAGAGACUCCCAAACCAAUGCCCUUAUUUAAUGUACAAUCACCAGCCAGCACUGCUGCUGCACCGUCCUUGAAAAGGAGUCACAAUGAAGAGAAUGGUCCAAGUGAUGCCAAGAGGGCAUCUUUUAAUAUGUUCACUGCUGGAACAACAGCAGAGCCUGCAAAGUCAGUUGGAAACAACAUUUUAUUUGGCUCAACAGCCACCGUACCAGCUGCUACAACCCAAGCCUCAAUAUUCCAGGCCCCCACAGCCCCUACCUCAACCCUGUCUACCACAGCAUCCACAGCUCCAACUGGGGGAUUCAGUUUUGGGAUGGGAGGUAACUCUGCAUCUACUGGAGGGAUUGGAACAUCCAGUUUUGGAGAAACUGCUAAAAACCCACCAGGGUUUAACUUUAGUGCUGAAACAAACAAGACAUCUGUGUUCAGCUUUGGUGCUGGGUCUGGUACAGCCACUGCAACAACUGCUCCAGUAUUUGGCGCAAGUGCGAACAACACAGUUGCCAAAACCUCUGCCUCAUCAGCACCAUUUUCAUUCACGGCUCAGUCCUCCAUUCCUGCCACUCCUUUUGGGUCUGCCCAGGAGUCCACACAUGCAUUUGCUGCCAACACGUCUGGAUUUGGCUCUACACCUAACAUGUUUGCUGGUUCCAACAACACCCCGUCAUUUGGAGCCAGUGGGGCUGUCCCUCCAUCUGGGUUUGGUGCAGCUGCUACUGGGUUCAACACUACAUCAGCAGGAAACACCCCAGCCUUUGGGGCGGCCACCACUACUGCUAAUGCCAAUACUGGAUCUACAGGAGGCUUCAAUUUUGCAAGUCAACAACAAGGGUUCAAUUUUAGUGCACAGCAAAGUACUGUAAACAAUGGCGUGUUCCAGUUUGGUGCUAAACCAGGUGAAGGAACUCCAGCUGCUGCUCCUCCACAGGCCCCUGCAGGAUUCAACUUCAAUGCUUCUUCUACUCCUGGCUUUAAUUUUGGUCAGAGUACCCAACCAGCUAUGCCAGUGGGUACUGGCUCAUUUAACAUAGGAUCAAACAAUGAUGCAAGUUCAGGAAGAAAAAUCAAGAAAGCUGUACGUAAGAUACGACGAUGAUACAGUGGUCUUAGUGAGAGAACGCUUACAGAUUGUGUUUGUCCACUACACAUUACUGCAGUUUGUGAUUGUGUGGCACACAGGAAAGGUAUCAUGGAUUGCUGUGAGCAUUAGUGCACAUAGAUGGCAUAAAGUGUUUGGAGUCAUUACUGAUGCUGGGGAAGAUACAAGACAUGAGGACAUGUUCUGGGUAGUAUAACGAACAUCACAUAACUAACAGUGGUAGUAGCACAAGUCAGAUGUGUCAUGCAUCGUGUGGAUGAGAGCACACGGAAACAAUUCUUAAGUUGAUCCACAAGACUUGCUGCUGGGACAGUACAACAUGACAGAACUGGCUUUGAGCAGUAUAAUUGUAAGCUUUGAGGUGACGGUACUGAAGGACACGUUGUGAUUUAGUGGUAUACCAAAUGUAUGCCGCCAGAUGUACCUGUUCUGGACUAAAAUGAUGAUGGAUACCGUUACCAAAAAUCACAGACUUUGUCUAUGAAGAUUGUGCUGGAAAUACAAGUGUACUCACCAUUUGUACUUGGGCAUUUAUUCUUUGUUCUAAUCUUUCCUGAAUUGUGUAUCCUAAGAAUGAGGAGUUUCAUACUAGAGAAUUGGACCGUGACAAAUUUGAGAAAUUAAUGAAAAUAUUUGUGAAUUUAAAAGAAUUUUAAUUUCAUUUUCACAUGACAUACCUGAAUAAUACUACCUAACUCAACCAAAGUCUAUAUAGAUAUUCUAUCCUAAGAUCAGGUUGAGAAGUCAUCCUGUAUAGCAAUAUAAGGAAUCGUGAAAUAUUAUUGCUCAAGCACUGCGUGUGAAACCUGGUUGAUAUUGGACCCUCUGUGCUGCCUGUCCAGUGUAAUGUUAUUCUCUACAUUCCAUUAUAGUAAUAGAAAUAGUUCACCUGUACAAGAUGAUAUUUCAAAAAUAUUUGGAGAAAUUCAGUACAGGUAUAUAACAUAUGAGCUAAAAGGACAAAUUUCACUAUUUUCAUAUAGGGAAUGUUUAAUUAAAAUUUGAAUACAUUUAUUCAAGAUAAUGUAAAAGAAUUAAAAUGAUUUUAUGGAGUCUCUGCUAUGCAUUAAAAGCUAACUAUGAACUCUCUGUAGUAACAGACAGUUUCACUGGACAUACAUUGGGUUUGGAAGUUUCAGAAUUUAUUUUUGAAUUUCUAGAUCAGCAUAACAAAUCUUUUCCCAGGCUAAGCAUAAUGGGAGAUCACAUUUGGUCAAAAUGACAAAGUUAUGUUAUGUUUACUGUCAAUCUAGCCCUUGGCAGAGGCAGAAACACUAUUUAUGCAUAUAUAUUGUGUAAAUAAAUAAUGGCAUAUAAAAUAAUUACCGCUUUUAUAAUCCAGAUCAUAUGUUGUUGCGAAACUUUGAAAAGUCAUUCAUUUAUUUAAUACAUUUACAGGUAUGUAUUAGUAAAACAAGGAGAAUGUACUCAAUUGUAAAUAUUCUGUACAUAACAGCUGUUUUUGACAUUCUACAUUUGUGUAGAGAUGUAUGUAUUUACACCUGUUUGUAGAGUAGUGGACAAAUUUUGCAGGUCUUUCUCGUUUUAUUUGGUGCUAAAAAGGGUAAUUCCUGGUAUUCAAGUGACUGAUGUACUAGUCGUAUUGGCUCAAAAGUCGUAACCUUGCUAAACUUGCAGAAUUUGUUCAUGUCAUUGAUCUCGUGUGGUAUCACAUAGGAGAAAAGGUUGAGAAAAUAAAGAUAUUGAUAGAUAUUAUGUAACUUAGAAAAAAAAUCAAGUUUUUAAGAUUUGCUCCAAAAGGCCUAAUAUGAUUGGCCAUCCUUGUGAAAACACUAUGUGGUACUAGAGAACAUUUAUUGCAUGUACUAGCUUUGUAUUGUAAGUAUUGCUUGAAUAUGUGUGUAGUCACAGUCAUACAGACUCUUUAAAACAUUUUAUACUGGACCCCAAAGUCUUUCGACAAAUAUGUCAAAUAUCCUUUUGCAAAUAGGUAUAUGUUAUGUAAUGGUAACAAUGUAAAACAAAUGUAAAAGUAAUAUCUCUAAUUAGCAUUUACAAUUAUACCCUGCUGGUUUCAUUGUUUUGAAUGUGUUGUCAUGACAACAGUUGAGAGUGUGAGGUAGUGUGGCACCACUGAUUUAGUUUAUUUGUCCCAGAUCAUGUCUGUAGUCAAUGUUGCUCCGACACCAGUGCUUAACUUUUGCAUUUAAUGCGUUAUUUUAAAACCCAGUUGAAUAACAUAUGGCAAAGUACAAAAAUAGUUCUUACAUUUGCAUAGGUUAUACCUGUUUCAAUAAAAAAAAAAUCCUCUGGACAGUAAUUAGUGAGAAGAACAUGGAGACCACUGAAUCUGAGUGCUUUCCAACAACUGUUAAAAAUCCUUCCUGUUUACUCAAUAUUACAUUGUAGAAAUUAUGACUGACUAGUCGUCGUUUGCCUGGUUUGGGCUAACAUGAGCCUGUUCUCUUGAAUUAGUAUACAGAUCUAUGUUUGGAAAGAUUACCAGUUAAAAUCUUACUGAAAGAUGCUUUUUGGUCUUUGAUGAAUAAGUAUUGAUGUUGUUAUUCAUUAUUCAUACAGUAAGUUUUGUGCAUGGCGGCGUGCUAGGCCGUAUGUAAUGGAGCGUCUACAGAUCACUCUCGCCAAACACACUAGACUCUGCGUAUAGCUUCAGGAUUUUGUGUUGCUAAAUAAUUUAUGUAGGUUUGGUAGUGAUGCAGUAACUUGUUUUGUACAGGUGUUUACAUACACAUAUUGAGCAUGAAAACUGAAUCUCAUUACAUGAUAAAUUAUUACAUUUGAUCAGCAUUUAUGACGGUAUUUGUUAGCAUAUCUAGCAUUUAUCACGGUAACUGUUAGCAUAUCUAGCAUUUAUCACGGUAACUGUUAGCAUAUCUAAUAUGCUGGCAGGGCAGAAACAAAUAUAGCAGAUGAUUUAAAACUUGUAUAGCUCAGGAUCAUUUAUAGCAAGCAUUGUUUUCAAAUUCUUUAUUGAUUAUGUCCAGAAAUAGGAGUUUUGUGGAGUACUGGAUUAUCUGAAGGUGAUCAUUUUUAGUCCAAGGACAUGUUUUGUUUCAAUUAUAUAUACAUAUACAUGCAAAUGAAAAACUUAACCUUGAUGUGUCAUUAAGCUAACAAGGCACACAUUUUAAUAAUUAGAUUAUAGAUAGAUAGAACGUUUUGAUAGGUCUGAAUUUUUAUUUCUAUUUUUACUGGGUAGACAAGUGUCAACAUUUAUGUGCCAGGUAGCAAAUAACCUUUCACAGGUGAAUAAGUAUUGUCAGGUCUGCAUGUACAUGCACUGCUAUCUUUGGGGCUAUUUUGUCCAUAGCCUGAUUAGCUAACAAGUCAUUAACACAAAAUUUCAAAAUAUAUCUUGUGAGAAAUAACUGAAAAAUUUCAAAUGUUUAUAGUUAUUUUCCCUUUAGAUGGCUGUUUUGAGAACACUACAGCUGUAAUUUAGUUGUGAAUGUCAGUAUUUUUGAAAAGGUCUUGGGUUAAAAAAAAAAGUUAAGUUUUUGUUAACCUAACCAGGCUUUGAACAACUUAGCCCUGAUCUAAACAUGGACUAGUCAGUCAUACUAGCGUGAAAUAAAAGUUUUAUUGAUAAUUACUGGGAUCAUCUUGAUACUUGCUGUGUAGAAUUUUAAAAAAUGCUCUAUUAUCAGAUCCUACAUUUAAUUAAGAAAAUUAACAGGUCUCGGUUAAUGUACUGUUGAUACAAAAAUGAAAUAUUAGUGUGCUCUGCCACUUGUGAUUGUGUAUAUAUGUCCUGUGUGUUCCCACUAAUCCACAAUGACCUCAGCAGGUGUGCAGUGGUGUACACAAAGAGUCUUAAAACUGUGAUGCACAAGUUGUUUUAUUAUUACAUGUAUUUUGAUAAGGUGAUGUAUCUUGUGUUGCAUACAAAUGCAGGAUUUCACAGAUGACAGAGUCGGCAAAAGAAGAUUUUUAUGACCACUUUUCUUUCCACCAAAUUUACUUAUUAGGUUUGAUGUAUACAUUUGUAGUUGUAAGUUUGGAGAUAUUGUUCACAUAACUUUUGAACUUCAGUAUUGUUCAUGGGUUCAUAGGUGGUAAAGAAAAAUGGUUUUAUUGUUUUGCUGAGAGUAGCAGUUUGGUGAAUUUAUUGAGACAUCAUUUUGUAUAUAAACUCGUUUUUUUCUCCAGCUCUAAAAUCAUGCUUCAAUCUUAUCAUUUCAUCUUUCUCUCUCUUUCUCCCUUUUUGGAGAUGUUGAAAUGUGAAUUCAUCAUCCUGCUACUCAAACACAAAAGAUUGGGCAAUGCCCUGUUGUUAUCAAAAUUUUGUUUUUGGAGAUUUAUUUUUAGGUAAAAAUUCUGGGUAUGAUUGAAUGUUUGUAAGUGAAGGAGUGCUGUAUUUAUUGGUGAACUAUCUGUGAAGUUCUGUAGCUGUGAGUCGACUGUUUGUGGCCUGGUAUGGAUGUUGUGAGAAUGGUUGGUCGCAAGUCUGGUGGUAAACUUAUGAUUGUCAAUAAAAUAUCUUUGACAUA